UUGCUGCUGGCCGCCCGGACGUGCCCAGCUGGUGGCUGGUUCACCCAUUCAAACCCUUUUGUGAUUGGAGCGGCAGGGUGCGGGGUUCCCAGGAUGACUUUCUGCGAAUCACUGCCACGUUUCAACCCUCAUCAGGCAUCUCAUUGGCUGAUUCUCUUUGGGAUCUUCACCUUCAUCCAGCAUCACCCAGCAGGGAGUAUUUCUAUGAAAGGACAGAAGGCGGUGUUUGAUGUAACCUCUAAGUAUGGCACUUUGUCUGAAGGAGUGCAGAUUCCCGCGCUGUCUGAGCUGACUGUGUGCAUCGACAUUUAUCUGACAAACACCAUCCAAAAAUGGGCAGCAUUCACCUACCACAUUGCAGCGUCAGGACAGGACCAGGAGCUGGCGAUCGGGAGUCAGAACAAUCAGCUGACAGUGUGGUUGUGUGGAACAAUGAAGGAAACCCAGGUGUCUUUAUCAUUAACCACCUGGCACAGUGUGUGUGUCACAUGGAGUCAAUCAUCCAGCUCCCUGGUUGUCUAUCUGAAUGGAUCACGGAAACAAGGUUACAAUAUACCAGCAAACAGUAUACAACCAAGAGGAUCCCUCUUCCUGGGAAAAUACCAACACUCCUAUGUAAACAGCUCCAAGAUUGAAUUUGAUGAAUCCUGGAGUUUUUUAGGAGAUUUAUACUAUUUCAGAGUCUGGAACCAUUCGAAAAGUUCCCUGGAGAUUUCUACUUUGGAUUGUGCAGAUGGGGAUAUCAUCAGCUGGUCAACAAAGCACCUGAAUUUUACAAGCAACACACUGGCGAGGAAUCCUAAUCUACGAUGCG